AUGGCUUAUCACAAAGUCAGUGGUGACCAGAAGGCUCAGUACCUAGACAAUGAGGACCUCCAAGCCACCACACUUGAACUGGAAUGGGACAUGGAGAAAGAACUGGAAGAAUUGGGCUUCGACCAUUUCCAGGUGGAUGGGGGAGUCCAUCAACAAGCGGGGAGCAUGCAAAACACGAACGUUGACCUGGAGCCCAUCCAGCCAUCAGUGUCUCCUAAAGGACAGUUUCAGAGGCUUCAAGAGGACCCUGAUUAUGUCACCCAUUAUACAAGACCCCCACCAAAGAGCAGCCGCUGCAGUUUUUGCCGGAUGUUUAAGCUUUUUUGCACUGCUACGUGUUUAUUAUUUUCGGGGAUUUUGAUAGGUUAUUAUGGUCAUGACAAAUGCCCUUCUUUGCCGGUGUCUCCAGAACCAAGUCAUCCUCACCUUGACCAGGACAUUCUUGGAGAAAUCAAAGCGAAAAAUCUUACACAGAUUUUCAGAGAUUUGAUAGAGUUGCCCCAGAAAGAAGACGGAGCGAUUGUGACCAAGCUCCUUGCUCAGUGGUCAUCCUAUGGCCUUGAAGACAUCCAGCUCGUAAAUUACUCUGUCCUGCUUGACCUGCCGGGCUCUUCACCAAAUACAGUGGCUCUGAAAAGUACGGGCGAAUGUUUUUUUCCUAGUGGCCAGCCGUGUAACAAUGAGGCCCAAAAGCUUCAUAGUCAAGACCUUCUGUGCUCCUAUGCCGCUUACUCUGCCAAAGGAACUCUCACGGGUGAAGUUGUAGAUGUGCAGUACGGAACUGUGGAAGAUUUGCUCAGGAUUCCAGACAUCUCCAAUGUCACCCACAAAAUUGCCCUUUUGAAACUGGGUCAUUUGCCGUUGCUCUAUAAGCUUUCUCUGCUAGAAGAGAUGGGCUUUGGAGGUGCUCUUCUUUACAUUGAUCCUUGUGAUUUACCAAAGGCACAAAACCUCAGCAAUAAAGCAUUUAUGGUCUCCUUGAACAGUGGAGGUGAUCCUUCGACACCUGGGUACCCAAGUAUUGAUGGAAGCUAUAAACAGAACCGAUCAAACCUCACUUCUCUAUUCGUCCAGCCUAUUUCUGCGAUGCUAGCGAGAAAGCUGCUGUCUUCCCCUAAGGAAGGUGUUGAAAAUGAAGCAUGCAGGCCGCUGGAAUUGCCUGAGACAGAAAGAAAAGUUGUCAUUCUGAAUGUUUAUACUCAGCCAACAUACAAGACAGUGUCUAAUGUUAUAGGGUAUAUAAAAGGUGGAGCACUUCCUGAUAGAUACAUCAUUGUUGGCAGCCAUCACAGCAGCUUACCUGGUUACAGCAGCCAGCGGUGGGCUCACGGCGCCACAGUCAUGACAGCCCUCAUUCAAGCCCUGAUGCGGAAAGUGAAGAAAGGCUGGAGGCCAGAUCGAACUAUAAUUUUUUGCUCAUGGGGAGAAACGGCAUUUGGCAAAAUUGGCUCCUAUGAAUGGGCAGAGGAUCUCAGGAAAGUUCUCGAGAGAAACGCGGUGGCCUACGUGAGUCUUCAUGAUCCCAUAAGAGGCAACGCGAUUUUACACUCAGUAGCAUCCCCUUCCCUUCAGCAACUGGCGACCGAGGCAAGAAAGAGACAGAACUUCAGCUGUGUGGGGUACGAGAGAUGCAUAGGAUCCAAUGUCAGUUCCAUACAGAUGCAAGGCGAUUCCGAUUAUUUCAUCAACCAUCUCGGGGUCCCAGCGGUGCAGUUUUCCUAUGAGGAUUCUACAGCAUCGGAGACUCCAAGCUUUCUUUCUGAAGCCCUUUUUCCUGAAGAUUCAACACUAUCCUGGGAUCUGGAUGCUUCCGUUCACCUGCAUGAACACAUCGCUAAGCUGACGGGAGAAGUAAUUUUGCAAAUUGCCAGCAAUCCAGUCUUGCCGUUUAAUGCUCUGGAUGUUGCGCUAGAAGUUCAGAAGAGCCUAAAAGAUGAUCAUCUGGAUACUGAACAGUUGCUGGUGAUGGCUUCUUCUCUGCGAGAGAGCGCACAGUUGUUCCAGUCAGACGAAAUGCGCCCAGCUAAUGACCCGAAAGAAAGAGCCCCCACCCGUGUCAGAAUGCUGAAUGACGUACUGCAGAGUCUGGAGAAAAACUUCCUAGUUCAACAAGUUCCUCCAGGAUUCUACAGAAACAUCCUUUACAAACUGGAUGAGAGGACGCGCCAAUUUUCAGUACUGCUGGAGGCGGUCAAACACAGCAAGCUGCAUCAUUCAAACGGAACUCUUCGGGCAGCCCUGUCAAAAGUCCUCGACAGCUUCAAUUCCGCUCAGGUUUAUCUCAAAGCAGGGCUAGAUGUCUUUGAGGACGUUCUGGUGGGGGGCCGUUGAGGAAAAGGCACUCCUUGACCUUUCUCACACAUGAACCCAUACUCCAGAACUUUGUUUACAUUUUGCAGCACAAAACUUUGAGCUGGACCAAAGUUUCUGUCAGGUGAAAAG